AUGGCCUGUCGUCUGCUCAAAGAUCUCAUGAUUCACUUCUCUGUCCCUGGGCUCUCCUCCACCCUCAGCCCUCCGCCCUCCCUCCACCAUCUUCCAUCCUCCACCCUCCCCCACCCUCCCUCCCCCUCCCCUCCCUCCCCCACCCUCCCCUCUGCACUAACCGCAUGUUGCAGGUGUCUCUCUGAUGUCACUCAUUCUGUUUUCUCUCUUUCAGAUUCACCAACGAGUGACUCUGCCAAAUCCAAGGGCUCCUGGGGUUCAGGGAAGGACCAAUACAGCAGAGAGCUCCUCGUCUCCUCUAUCUUUGCUGCAGCCAGCCGCAAAAGGAAGAAGUCCAAGGAAAAGCCACAGCCUAGCAGCUCGGACGACGACCUGGACUCGGUCUUUACCACGAAGGAAACCUCUGGCCAUAAGUCUGCAGAGAUCGGCCCCGCCCCCGAUGCUAAAGCUUGUGUCAAACCUCAGGCUGCGGGAGCAAAGGAGAACGGAAGGACUAGUCUGGAGCUGGCCAUGAAAAGCAAAAAGGAGCAAAGAAACUUCCUGAAAGAGCUCGGCCGAUACCCCUCCCUCUCGCACUCACCGUCUCCCAACAAGUCUCCCAUCUCGCUGCGCCCGGGGAAGCCCUCUGUGUCCGACCCCUCUGUGGACGACAGUGACCUGGGCACCAUGAGCUCCGGAGCCUCCGUCCCGUCCUCGCAGCCAAAGAAGCGCAGCUCUGUGAGCGCGGGGGCCGAGGUCAGCUCCAUCACCUCCGACUACUCCACCACCUCCUCCAUCACCUUCCUGACCGGGGCCGAGUCCAGCGCCCUGAGCCCGGAGCUGCAGGGGGGGGAGGAGGCAGACGACGAGAGGAGCGAGCUGAUCAGCGAGGGCCGCCCCACGGAGACGGACAGCGAAGGGGAGUUCCCGGUGUUCGCCCCCAGCGGAGAGAACAGCCAGUCCACGCCCUGCUCCGGGAAGAACAAGACUGAAGGGAAGGAGGCGCGAGGAGAAGGAGGCGCAGGUCUGAGGGCGGAGUCUCGCCGCCUGUUUCCCUCACACAGACUCAUAGACGGAGACACUCUUUCCAGGAGGUGGUCUCUGAGGAACAAGACGGACAGUGAGUCGUCUGCGGAGGGCGUCUCUGCCACUGGGGGGCGCUGCACUGACAGAUCCUCAGACUCCUCCACACGUCUGUCCCGAGUCCUGGACGUGAUGAGGAAAGGCCGCUCCACCAGCAGCCUCAGCUCCUCCAGGAGUGAGAGCGACACCACGUGGCACAUGCGGAUCACAGAGCGUCUCAAGCUGCGGCUCCGCUCCUCGGCCGACGACAUGUUCAGCGUCCAGAAGAACCCCGAGCCUCGCAGCAGCAAGAAGAAGAACAUCCGCAGACGCCACACCAUGGGGGGUCAGAGGGACUUCGCUGAGCUGUCCGUCAUCAAAGACUGGAGGGAGCAGGGCGGCGUGGACCAGGCCGCAGACUUCAGGCCUCGCUUCUCUUCUCCGGACGUGACGCUGAAGGACUGGACGCCCAGAGAGAGCGGCGCCGUGGCUCCUAAAGCGGUGCCUGAGGACGAGGGGCUGGACAUGGAGCAGACAGCGCCCCCUGCUGCCUCCUCUGGGCCAGUGUCUGCAGUCAACGGGAGCCGGAGCAUAGACGCACACCCUCACAAACUGUCGGGGGCUCAGGUGGUCCGCUCGCGCUUCUAUCAGUAUCUGUGA